AUGGCCAAACAAGAGAAGAAGAGAGCUGACAGGCUUCAAAAAAGAGUCGAUUCACUCACCAUCAAAUUAGAUGAAGCAAUGAAGGAUGAAUUGGUUGCAUUGUUGCUGGCAAACCAACAUAAAAUGACGGACAUUCAGAGAACAUUUUGGAUCUCACAGAUGGACGCAAUCGGAAAGGAUGACAAAAGGGGUAUACGAUGGAACCCAAUGCUUAUCCGCAUAGCGCUUCAUCUUCAUUCUUUGUCCCCAAAUACAUGUCAAUUUUUUGAUACUACUAAAAUCUUGAUUCUACCUUCAAAAAGAAGACUAUACGACUAUAGUCAUUUUGUUGAAGCACAAGAGGGCUGUCAAAAAGAGCUGUUGCUAAUGAUAAAGCAGAAAGCAGAAAAAUGUGGCUCUGAAGAUCACUUUUCAUACAUAAACUUAAUGUUCGAUGAAAUGAAUAUUAAAACUGGGAUUGUAACUCAUCGCUCUACUGGCAAACUCAUUGGUUAUACCAAUUUAAGUGGCGUUGAUGAAGAAAUUGCUAAAAUACAGCAAGAGCUCACUAUGAGGACGUACAGACCAAGACUUGCCAAAAAGGUGUUAGUUUAUGUGGCUCGAGGCAUUACAAGUGAUGUAAAAGAUGUUGUUGCUAUAUUUACCACAGAUGAUCUUGCUGCACACCAACUAUAUGAUCGUACUUGGGAUGUUAUAUACCAUCUAGAAGAGGCUGGAUUAAAGGUGUUAACAUUAUCUUUUGAUGGUGCGUCAGUUAACAGGAAGUUUGCCAUGAUGCAUGAAUCUCUGGAUAAAAGUUCUGCUUAUACUUAUUGCACCAAGAACUUAGCAACUGAAGAUCAUCGUCCUCUCUUUUUUAUCAUUGAUCCCCCUCACUUGUUAAAAACUAUCAGAAAUGCCUUAGCUAACUCGUUUAGUCACAGGAAAUCAAGAAAAUUGUGGAAGAAUGGGGAACACUUGUCCUGGAAGGUAUUAGAGGAAGUGUAUGAAAUUACAAAGAAUUGGAAGCAUACAGGGCAUAAAUUGAAGAAAGACCAUAUCAAACUGUCAAGUUUCAGUGUCAUGACUGUAAUUUAUGCGACUCAGAUCUUGAGCAAUUCUACUGCAAAGGCAAUUGAAGAUUUGUCAAGCCACCCGAGUAUGUCAAAGUAUCAGACGAAGGAGUUGGUCAAAUUCAUUCGUCUAAUGAACAGAUUUUUUGAUUGUGUUAAUACAAGAAUAGAACCAUCAGAAGAUACUACCAAUCAAGACAAAGAGCCAUUCUUUGAUGAAAAUGACAGUAGGCUUUCUUUCCUGGAGAAAGAUGUACUAAAUUACUUUGAGGAUUGGAAAAGUGAAGUCACUGAAAGGCCUGGAGAAUAUACCGAGGCGGAUCGUAACAAAAUGAUUAUUAGCCAUCAAGCUCUGGGUGCCUUACAAAUCACCAUCAAAAGUAUUACAUCUGCUAUUCGAUACAUGCUUCAAGUUGGAGCACCCUGUGUAGGAGCUAGAGUGUUUAAUCAAGAUCCAGCCGAACAAUAUUUUGCAAAGUUAAGAAGAAAGCAAGGAGAUGGGAAUAAUCCACUCGUGAAGAAUGUUUUAGAUUCUCGGCUAAGUUUAGUCGCUCAAGGCCAUGUUGCCUCAACUUCAACUUCUUCCAAAGGAAAUGUGCAAGGUGAGAAACGUAAGGGUGAAAUCGAAGUAGAUUCAAGUCCCCUUCCUUCAAGAAAAGUGUCAAGAAAGUCACAAGAAUGA